CACUGGCAGUGGCACCUGUGCAAGCUGUGGUAGCACGCAGAAGGCAGAAGAGCGAGCUCCCAUGGCUCCCCCAUGGCUCCCCGCCCCAGGCCCAGGCCCAGGCCCUGCUUGCGCCGCUGCCUCCCGGCGGCCCCUACCACUCCCCCUGCCAGCCCAGACGUCUUGCUCCUCCCAGGCAAGCUGCUGGCAACAUCACUCUCGCCUGGCCUGAGCAUUCCCAAGCUUUCUUUCACACCCAAAGUUCCUCCUUCCCGUAACUGCCUGCAUCUUUUCCCGUCGCACGGCCAGCUGAACUCAACCUUCUUCUUCUUCUUCCACUCCACUCCCAACCAAGCCUGCCCUUUGUCUGCCAUCUGCGCAUCGACAAAACCUUUUUUUCUUCUCUUCUGCUGUCGUCUACCGCGUUCCUGCACUGCACUCCUUCUCUGUUUACCUGUCUGCGUGACCAACCUGGCCACGCGCAUUUUUGAGACUCCCACGCCACAGCUACCCAUCGACAAUCGCCAUGUCUGCCGAGGAGGAUCUCAUCGACUACUCUGACGAGGAGCUCGAGACCCAAAAGACCACCGCCCCCGCCAACGGCAAGAAGACCGAGGCUGCGGCCGGCGACAGCGUCGAUAAAAAGGGUUCCUACGUCGGCAUCCACUCCACCGGUUUCCGCGACUUCCUCUUGAAGCCUGAGCUGAUUCGCGCCAUCACCGACUGCGGUUUCGAGCAUCCUUCGGAGGUUCAGCAGACAUGUAUCCCCCAGGCGCUUCUCGGAGGUGACAUCAUCUGCCAGGCCAAGUCUGGUCUCGGUAAGACUGCGGUUUUCGUCCUCACAACUCUUCAGCAAGUCGAGCCCGUCGCCGGCGAAUGUUCGGUCUUGGUCAUGUGCCACACUCGUGAGCUGGCUUUCCAGAUCCGCAACGAGUACAACCGUUUCUCCAAGUACAUGCCAGACAUCAAGACUGGCGUCUUCUAUGGUGGCACCCCCAUCCAGAAGGACGCCGAGAUCCUCAAGAACAAGGACACCCACCCUCACGUCAUUGUCGGUACACCUGGACGUCUGAACGCUCUUGUUCGCGACAAGUACCUGCGUCUGGGCAGUGUCCGCAUCUUCGUGCUCGACGAGUGCGACAAGAUGCUGGACCAAGUUGAUAUGCGUCGCGACGUUCAAGAGAUCUUCCGGGCCACGCCUCAGCAGAAGCAGGUCAUGAUGUUCAGCGCCACGCUUUCCGACGAGAUCAAGCCCAUCUGCCGCAAGUUCAUGCAGAACCCUACCGAGCACUACGUCGACGAAGAUACCAAGUUGACACUGCACGGUCUUCAGCAAUACUUCGUGCCUCUCGAAGAGCGCGAGAAGAACCGCAAGCUCAACGAGUUGCUUGAUGACCUGCAGUUCAACCAGGUCAUCAUCUUCGUCAAGAGCACCGUCCGCGCAACGGAGCUUGACAAGCUGCUCCGCGAAUGCAACUUCCCAUCCAUCGCGGUCCACUCCGGCGUUAGUCAAGAGGAGCGUAUCCGUCGGUACAAGGAGUUCAAGGAGUUCAACAAGCGAAUCUGUGUCGCAACUGACGUCUUUGGUCGUGGUAUCGACAUCGAGCGCAUCAACUUGGCCAUCAACUACGACAUGCCCGCGGACGCUGACUCGUACCUCCACCGUGUUGGUCGUGCCGGUCGUUUCGGUACCAAGGGUCUUGCCAUCUCUUUUGUUAGCCAGGACACGGAUAGGGAAGUGCUCAAGGACGUUGGCAAGCGCUUCGAGGUCGCCAUUCCUGAAUUCCCCAAGGAGGGUAUUGACGCCAGCACUUACAUGGCUUCUUAAGUACACUGAUCUGUGGACUGAAUGGCCAUAGGCGGGUCGACGUCUUGUGGGACUGAUGAAGCUGAUACUUGAAAUGGAAUCGCGAAAUCCAAAGAAAAUGAAGGCCAAGGGUCCGGGCAUUACUCGCAGUCAUCGUGCAGCAAUCAUCUUACGGCACAUGGGCACCGGCUAUUCCUCUCUCUAGCUUGCAGAUCCGUGACUGGCGAGGAGGGAAAAGUUUAUUAGAAUGCUUCAGACAAGGCCAACCUGAGAGUCUCAAUGCGAGGAUGAAUUUGAUUCUAGCACCCAUCUGCUCCCUCAUUUCGACUGUAGUCAUGCUCAAUCUUCUUUGUGUACAUGUAGCUCGUUCGUGGUGUCUCAACAUGGCAAGUUGGUUGUUGUUGGUCUCGUUUUGACGGAAAGCUCGACAGCUCCGCUUGAGAUUCCAUGUCCCUGGCUAUUUCCACAUUGGGACCAUGAGCAUGUCCACUGGUUUCGGUCUAUAUCCAUAUACGUCUAAAGGCGUAUGUGGCCCUUCCACAGGGGUAAAACGCUUAAAGCCUAUUAUUUG